UUCCCCUGCGGGCCUCCACGCCUCACCCGCCGCCGCCUCGAUUGGGAGCUACACGUCACUUCACCUUUGCUUUUAGUAGCCCUGCUCCUGCUCGCACGCUGGGAGCGCGGUGGAGCUCAGAGUUGGGCGCGAGCCCGGCGGGGCCGCAGGCUCCGCCCCGCCCCGCCCGGGCUCGGGGGAAGGCCUCCGCGGGGACAUGUCCUGCCCCCUUCGGCGAGGGCUGGAAAGAGUGAAAGGCUGCGGAGCUGUUAGAGAACGAAAUGUCAUCAGUGGAAUCACACCAGGAACAAUUGUCCCAGUCAGAUCCAUCCCCAUCACCAAACUCAUGUAGUUCCUUUGAGCUAAUAGACAUGGAUGCCAGCAGUUUGUAUGAACCAGUUUCUCCUCAUUGGUUUUACUGUAAGAUAAUAGAUUCUAAGGAGACCUGGAUUCCUUUCAACUCUGAGGAUUCACAGCAACUGGAAGAGGCAUAUGACAAUGGAAAAGAUUGUAAUGGGAGAGUUGUCCCCACUGACGGGGGCAGAUAUGAUGUUCAUUUGGGGGAGAGGAUGCGGUACGCUGUGUACUGGGACGAGCCAGCAUCAGAAGUGAGACGAUGUACCUGGUUUUACAAGGGAGACAAAGACAAUAAGUAUGUCCCAUACUCGGAGAGCUUCAGCCAAGUAUUGGAGGAAACUUACAUGCUUGCUGUAACUCUGGAUGAAUGGAAAAAGAAACUGGAAUCUCCCAACAGAGAAAUUAUUAUAUUACACAAUCCAAAGCUUAUGGUGCAUUACCAGCCAGUUGCAGGGUCUGAUGAAUGGGGUUCAACACCCACUGAGCAGGGUCGACCACGAACAGUGAAGAGGGGGGUUGAGAACAUCUCUGUUGACAUUCAUGGUGGGGAACCUUUACAAAUAGAUCACUUGGUUUUUGUAGUCCAUGGGAUCGGACCAGCUUGUGAUCUCCGCUUUCGAAGCAUUGUACAGUGUGUUAAUGAUUUUCGCAGUGUUUCUUUGAACCUGCUUCAGACACAUUUCAAGAAAGCCCAUGAAAAUCAUCAGAUUGGGAGGGUAGAGUUUCUCCCAGUCAACUGGCACAGUCCUUUACAUUCCACUGGUGUGGAUGUAGAUCUGCAGCGAAUAACCCUGCCCAGCAUUAACCGCCUAAGGCACUUCACCAACAACACGAUUCUGGAUGUCUUCUUCUACAAUAGCCCCACCUACUGUCAGACUAUUGUGGACACAGUUGCUUCUGAAAUGAACAGAAUAUAUAAGCUUUUUCUGCAGAGGAACCCCGAUUUCAAAGGAGGUGUUUCCAUUGCUGGUCAUAGUUUAGGUUCGCUUAUAUUGUUUGAUAUCCUAACAAAUCAGAAGGAUUCUCUGGGGGAUAUUGACAGUAAAAAGGAUUCGCCACCUGUUUUCAUGGAUCAAGGAGAUACACCAACACUGGAGGAAGACCUGAAGAAACUUCAACUCUCUGAAUUCUUUAGUAUCUUUGAGAAGGAGAAAGUAGAUAAAGAAGCUCUGGCUUUAUGUACAGACAAAGAUCUUCAGGAAAUGGGAAUUCCCUUAGGACCAAGAAGGAAAAUAUUAAACUACAUUCAGACCAGAAGAAAUUCAGUGGGUAUUAAUAGACCAAGUCCGCAAUCAGAUGCAGGGAUGAACAUGUCUAACAUCCCCAAAGAAUCAGAGCACUGCGGUGAUACUAAUGAGACCGGAAACGAUGAGUAUCUGGACGUUGGCAUUGGGCAGGUGUCUGUUAAAUACCCCCGACUCACUUAUAAACCAGAAAUAUUCUUUGCCUUUGGAUCUCCCAUUGGAAUGUUUCUUACUGUCCGAGGACUAAAAAGAAUUGACCCCAACUACAAAUUUCCAACAUGCAAAGGUUUCUUCAAUAUUUAUCACCCCUUUGAUCCUGUGGCCUAUAGGAUUGAACCAAUGGUGGUCCCAGGAGUGGAAUUUGAGCCAAUGCUGAUCCCGCAUCAUAAGGGCAGAAAGCGGAUGCACUUAGAACUGAGAGAGGGCUUAACCAGGAUGAGCAUGGACCUUAAAAACAACUUGCUGGGUUCGCUGCGGAUGGCUUGGAAGUCAUUCACCAGAGCGCCAUACCCUGCCUUACAAGCUUCAGAAACUGUAGACGAAACUGAAGCAGAACCUGAAUCAAGUUCAGAGAAGCCUAGUGAUGUUAACACAGAUGAGAACCCUGUGGCAGUUAAAGAAGACGUGCCCCCCAUCCACGUGGGAAUGCUGAACGGAGGCCAGCGCAUUGACUAUGUGCUGCAGGAGAAGCCCAUUGAAAGUUUUAAUGAGUAUUUAUUUGCUUUGCAAAGCCAUCUGUGCUAUUGGGAGUCUGAAGAUACAGUAUUGCUAGUCCUCAAAGAAAUCUACCAAACCCAGGGUAUCUUCCUUGAUCAGCCUUUACAGUAAAAAUGAAUCACUUCUGGCUGCUUAAU